AUGUUGCAUCAUGCAACUUGCGUGUUACCCUACACGAAGUUUGUGGAGUGUAGAGUGGUGCAAACACUGGUCCGUGAGGCCCUCGCCCGCGAAGCUAGUUACUCUGAGCCUAGUUACUCUGUGCUAUUCUCUAGCCUAUGUAUUUACUUUGAUGAUGAUGAUGAUGAUGAUGAUGAUGAUGAUGAUGAUGAUGAUGUUGUUGUUGUUGUUGUUGUUGUUGUUGUUGUUGCCGGUCUUAACUUUAUUGUGAUGUUUGUUGUUGUCGCUGCCGGUCUUAACUUUAUUGUGAGGUUCACUGACACUUACUUUAUCAUCAACGAGUGA